UUAAACCCUUUGGUUUACUACCAUUCCCCCGCAAGCUUUGGUGGCUUGUGUGGUUAAGGAGUUUUGUCAGGAGAGAAAGAGAUUACAUGUGCUUGUUGCACAGGACUCAAACGGUAGGUCCUUGCUCACUUGUGUGCAGGGGAUUUCAAGGACUUAACUAGGAGUAACAAGUUUCUACAGUAGAUAUAGUCAGUGUUAUUCAUCUACUUAUGGACUACAGAGAGACACUAUGUAGUAAUAGGAAUCUGUGAUAGGAAUCUGAAAGAAGAUGUGACUUUGUUCUGCUUUAACGUAAACUAUACAUUGAGCCUCACUGAAGUGAUCCUGAAGGAUACGGCCCUCACACUUCACAUAAAUCUCCUGCAUUGCACGUGAACCUGAAUAACAGCUCUGUACAACAACUGGUCUGCCUUGUCUUACUUGGUAGCAUUUCACUUUUUUUCUGACAAAGAAGAGAGAAAGUGUCUCAAAAGGCUCGUAUGCAUUUGUCAAUGGAUACCCUGGGAAUGGUGGACGAUAGUUGUCUUGACAACUAUGACAUGGCAAAAGCUGCCGGGUCGAGCUGUGGAGGCAGGGUCCACAGUAUUGAUGUCAUACUGGGAUUCACUAAAGACCAGGACCCUUUACUCCAUUCGAUAGGCGAGGAUGACAGGCAGCAAGCCAACGAAGAAACCCCACAACACCCUGAGAAGCAGUCGGACCCCUAUGGGCACCUUCCAGAAUUGGGUGAUAGUUCCCAACAUUCUUCCUACCAUGAAUCUGACCUUUUCUCUGGUGACAAGUGUGAUGAAGAAAUGAGUAACCUGCAGAAGGAAAUGGACGUGGCUGAGGGGUCUCCAGAGGCCAUUACAGAGGAAGAGCACACUAAAAAGAAACACAGAAGAAAUCGUACCACUUUCACCACCUAUCAGCUUCAUGAGCUAGAACGAGCCUUCGAGAAGUCCCACUACCCGGACGUCUAUAGCCGUGAGGAGUUGGCAAUGAAGGUUAACUUGCCUGAAGUUCGAGUUCAGGUGUGGUUCCAGAACCGAAGGGCCAAGUGGAGACGACAAGAAAAGAUGGACACUAGCACCAUGAAGCUCCAUGAUUCCCCCAUGCUAUCUUACAAUCGUCCUCCAAUGCCACCUAGCGUGGGGCCAGUGGGCAACCCGAUGCCAUUAGAUCCCUGGCUGACCUCGCCCAUCUCCAGUGCCACAGCCAUGCAUACCAUCCCAGGGUUUAUGGGUUCACCACAGGGCCUGCAGCCUGCCUAUCCAAGCCACAGCUUCCUCAACACCCCACCUGGCAUGGUCCAAGGUAUGCAGCCAAUGGGCCCUCCUCCCUACCAGUGCCCACUCAGCUUCAACGAUAAAUACCCGAUGGAGGAAGACAGAAGUUCAAGCAUCGCAGCACUUAGAAUGAAGGCCAAAGAGCACAUUCAGUCAAUGGAUAAAACCUGGCAGCACAUGUGAUGUGGCACUGUAGAAGGACUUUUGAGCUGCUCCCGUGAAUGUUUACAAACUGCUUUUCAAUGAUUUGUUUCAUGUACUCAUGGCAAGAACACAUGACACCAAAUGAGGCAGACAUUUUUUUCACUGACGCUAAUAUGCAACUCUGAAAAUAAACUUCUUGUGAUGAAAAAAAUGAUACCAAUCUCUGGGGGGUGAUUUAUUUUGGUUUAGCUCAAAAGGUUUGGAAUAGACUGUUGUUUAGAGAAAAUCCUCAACAUAACUUUGGUAAAUUUCUGAGAAAUUGUGAAGACCGUGCUCACAAACUGUAAUACAUGAGAGGCUAAGUAGAGCCAUGUGGUCGGUAGUUUGGACAUUUGUGGUCUUGGUUGUAUGUUUUUCCUGCUACCCUAAAGUCAUAAUGUCUUUAUGAGGUUUAACAAACAUUGAGCUGUCCUUUGGGCAUUUGCUGGUAUCUAGAUUUUUAAAACUAGACAAUUUUUGUAUAAAUUUUACAAAUUUGUUUAAGGAGGUUUUUCUCCUUGUGUGUUUCUGUGGUUUUUUUCUUGGUAUUUGAUCAUACUGUCAAGCAUUUUCUAGUAUAUUUCAGGUCCUUUGUAAGUGGGAACACAUGUGUAUUUUAAAGCAACUUCUCCCACUUAAAUUUAAGUUUGAUUAGAUUUAAAAGUGAUAAGUGUGUGUCUUAUUUUAAUCAUUAAACCGGCCUUUUGGACAGCAUUGAGCCCUGAUGGCAGAGGUAAUCGGAAGUCACAGAGGGUAAUCUGGCUCAGAAGCUAAUUUAAACAGACAAGCAUACCUCUUAACACCUAAUUACUGCUUUUAAAGCGAUUAACCCCGGAUUCUCAGCCAUAGACAGAAUACCCUGGGAUGCCCCUGAAAUACCAUUUCAAGACCUGAUUAACUUUACCACUCUCCUCAAACUUGACCAUUUAUAUCAUUUCAAAAUUACAGAUAAGGCACAACAUAUCAGUGUUUUUUAUUUUUCAUUAAGCCCUGUCUUAAUCUUAACCCUAUUGGUAAAGAUUGCUCUUCAUGGCGUUUUUGACGAAAUAUUCACUAAAGACAGGUGUGAUUAGAGUGAGAAAGUGGCAGCCUCUUACCCUCAGAAGAAGCAGUUUGAUGUAACUGUUGGACAAUAACUAAAAGGAAAUUAUGUUACACUGACCACUGCCAUGAUAAAAUUGCUUGUGUGUUUUAUACUGUACUUUAUUUGGUAUGUGUGUGCAAAAGGCCACUGGGUUAGCAGCGUACAUUUUCCUAAAAUGAUGUUCUCUCUGGUUCUUGAAAGACAACGCAAAAAUAAUGUGAUCUUAAGUUGAUGUUGUCAAUACCUACCUAAAGUGAUACUGUGGCAAUGCUUUGAGGGAAAUGGACACCAAAAUGAAGUGUCACUAAAACAUUAUCUGUGUUUCAUGGCCUUUAGAAAUGACAGUAUACACACUGUCAGUUUUAUAGGUUGUUUAUAUUGUAAUCCCUGUUAACAGUGGACCAAAAAGCCAAAGAAAUAAAAAGGAAUAUUUUUGUAUUACUAGACGACUCAUUUAUACAUGUAUUAGGGAAGUUGAUUCAUUUUUCAUCAGUUUUCAAAAUGAGUGUAACUAAUUUCUGGUCCUUUCAAUUUUUUAGAAUGUGACUUUCAUUUUCCAUGUGCAAAACACUGAAUAAACUUACAGUAGCACCACUGUAGAAGCGCU